AUGAGCUCCAAUACUAUUCUUCAGGAUGAUGAGAGUCAGCAUUUCUCGCCGUAUAGAGCGGAUGGAAAGCUAUAUGGCUUCGUGUGUAUCGUGACGGGUGCGACACAAGCAAUUGGCAAGGCCAUCGUGCACGAAUUAGCUGCACAUGGUGCCGCUUGUAUCUAUGCCUGCUCCGACCUCCCCUCUGACCCCUACCAAGAGCUCGCCGACGAAGUCAACGCACUCUGGCCCAACACAAAGGUCAUCGGCUACCCCUACGGCUUGAAAGAGGAGGAUACUUUGACACUGAUUGACGAUGUCUUGAACGCGUGGGGUCGUCUUGAUGUCUACGUGACUUCCUCUGGUCUUCUCGGCCCACCCUCAAUUGCCCAGACCGCACCCGCAGAUCUGUACAAGACCUUUGAGACCAACAGCAUGGCUCCCUUCUUCGCAUUGAAGUACGCACCCCCUGCCAUGGCAAAGACAACACCCAAAGGCAACUAUGCAAAUGCUGCACCCAAGGAUGUCGCAUACGGCAGCAUCAUUGUCGUUUCCUCAGUCGCCAGCACCUACGGCGGUUGCUGGGGUCCCGCCUUCACAAUGUCCUCCCACGCCGCUCUCGGUGUCGUGCACGCCGGUGUUGCAGUUCUCAAAGGCAGCAAUGUUCGCAUCAAUGCCAUUAGUCCUGGUCAAAUUGAUGUAGGCGUCAGUCUGCAGGGUAUGGAUAUGAGAGGACUUAGCAAUCAGUUGCCGCCCAGCGAUCUCCAGACCGAGGAGGUGAGAAGGAAGAUUGUUGGACUCGAGAGAGCGGGAACUGCAAAGGAGGUUGCGAGAGUGGCUGGUUUCCUGGCAUCAGGCUUCAGUUCGUAUGUUACUGGUGCCAAUAUGGUCGUAGAUGGUGGUGCGUCAGUGAUGAACCCGCUCACUGUACCUAUCUAG